UGGUUACGUCGGUAGCCCAGGAUCGUGGUUUAUCAAACGUUUCAACGAGUUGAGUCCUAAUUUUAACGUUAUAUCGAGUUGUUUUUUGCUUGUUGUAGCGAGUCGGGAUGGGGAAAGCAGAUUUUCUCUCCCCCAAGGCGAUUAGCAACCGGAUAAAAGCCAAAGGUCUCCAGAAGUUGAGGUGGUAUUGUCAGAUGUGUCAGAAACAAUGCAGAGAUGAGAAUGGCUUCAAAUGUCACUGCAUGUCUGAGUCCCACCAGAGGCAGCUUCUGCUGGCCUCAGAGGAUCCAACAAAGUUCAUGGACUAUUUCUCAGACGAGUUCAAGAACGACUUCCUGGAGCUGCUCAGAAGGCGUUUUGGAACCAAGCGAGUGCAUAACAACAUAGUCUACAACGAGUACAUCAGUGACCGGGAGCACGUCCACAUGAACUCCACACAGUGGGAGACUCUCACUGACUUCACCAAGUGGCUGGGCAGAGAGGGCCUGUGUAAAGUUGAUGAGACCCCUAAAGGCUGGUACAUCCAGUACAUCGAUCGCGACCCGGAGACCAUCCGCCGCCAAGAGGAGCAGGCGAAGAAGAAGAAGCAGGAGCUGGACGAUGAAGAAAGGAGCGCCAGAUUCAUUGAGGAGCAGGUCCGCAGAGGCCGCGACGGCAAGGACACAGAUGAAACUCCAGUUUACACCGAGCUCAGCCGUGAGAGUGAAGAAGAAAAAGUUGUUUUCAACCUGAGUUCCUCUUCAUCUGUAGCUGGUCCCUCCAAAUCAAGUUCUGCCCUGGGUGCCAGUGCUCUCAAAACAGCGGCAUCAUCCUCGACCAAGAGGAAAGACAUAUCCUCCAAUUCAGACUCCAGAGGGGAGAAGAAAAGGAAAUCUGCUCUGGAAGAGAUCAUGGAGAUGGAAGAGAAGAAGAAGCAGCAGCAGUCAGUCAGGACCGAUUACUGGAUUCAGCCCAACAUCGUGGUCAAAAUCAUCACCAAGAAACUGGGAGAGAAAUACCACAAGAAGAAGGCUGUCGUCACGGAGGUGAGAGACAAAUAUGCAGCGGUGGUGAAGAUGAUCGAUUCCGGAGACAAACUGAAACUGGACCAGAAUCACUUAGAGACGGUUAUACCUGCACCAGGUAAAAGGGUUUUGAUCCUGAACGGUCCGUACAGAAACACAGAGGCUCUGCUCGAGGGGAUUGAUGAGAAACAUUUCUGUGCCACACUCACACUUGACUCUGUAAGUAUUGGUGGGCUGUUCUCACAUCAGCUGAAAACUGUGCCUGUCAGAAAAGCUGUAUAUCAGGACACUUCAAACUUUUAUGGCUUUGCUUUUGUAGCAUUCACUUUUAUGUUGCUUUCUGUUUUUUUCAUUUGUUGUAUCGAGUUUCUACGUUUAAAGUUUCACGUCUUCUCGUCCUCAGGGUCAACAGAAAGGGAAGAGAGUGGACAUCGCUUAUGAGGAUUUUGCAAAACUGGCCUGAACCAGCGACGCUCCACGUUAAACCUCCGGCAGCCGUUUGGCUGAGGGACUCUACUGUGUCAGAGUUACUUCCCUAUGAUUCACCUGUACAUGUACAUAUCCCACAAUGCAUUUCCACUGAGGUGGAAUAGAAAAACACAGAGCAAUGGGUUCAGUUAAUUUUUUGGUUUGUAUUAAUAUUCAUGUUGAUCUUAACAUUGCUGUUGUAAAUUUUGUCCAAAUAAAUUCAACAAAAGUGACGUCUGCUUUUCUCUGGAAGCGAAUCGGUGAAGAAACGUCUACAGAACAAAUUGUUCC